UGAACAGCUAGUGUCAACACGUCUUCAGGCACGUGAAAAACACUAAGGGAGAGAAAUUGCUAACGUGCUGCGUGAACCAUGACGACGGAGGUUUUGAGUUCGCUCCCGGAAUGGCUGACUGAAAACUACCUCUCAGAUGUUCUUCACAAGGGAAAUAAAUCAAGUCUUACAACCAAGAUUCUUCACGUAACAAGUGCUUCUGAGCAGGGAGAUAACUAUUUGGGCACUGUGUUUAGGAUGGUUGUGGUGUGCAACAAUGUGCAGAAAUGCCUUAUUGUAAAAAUUAUGCCAAGUGAAACUGAAGGAAGUAAGCCCAUAUCCAGUUUAGGAGUAUAUGAGAGAGAGCGCGAUAUGUACUAUAAAGUGCUUCCGAAAGUAUACAAUGUUAUGAAGGAAAAACUUGGCCAAUUUGAGUACUUCAGUCCGUAUUGCUAUAUCACAACGAGGACUGACGCUAUCAUAUUAGAAGACUUGAAGCCACUGGGGUACCACAUGGCGGACAGGAAGAAACAGCUCGAUAUGGACCAUGCGCUACUAGUGUUGUCUACCCUGGCGAAACUACACGCCUUUUCCUACAUCAUGGGUCCCGAGAGUAUCAAACAUUACCAUGAUAUUUUCUUUUCCAAAGAAAACCGAAAUUUGAAUGGAGGAUUACUAGCAUCUAUUUUCAAGAGCUUGUGCCGAACAGUGUCUGAAUGGGAGGGCUACGAAGAGUAUGCUUCGUCCUUAUGGAACUUCUCAGAUUCAGUGGUGGAUCGAUUCAAUGACGUAGUUGAACCCACUGAAGGUUCGUUUUGUGUUCUUACCCACGGAGAUUGUUGGACAAACAAUUUCUUGUUUCGCUACUGUCCAGAGACUGGAAAAGUAAUGGAUAUGAAAUUGAUAGAUUACCAACUAGGACGAUAUGCGUCUCCAGCUUUGGAUCUAAUAUACUUUUUUUACUCCAGUCUUCAGCUUGAUGUGUGGAAACAACAAUACAGGCUCUUGAAGCAUUACCACGACGAACUCACAAAGUGGCUAACUACAGCAGGGUCCAGUGCGAAAGCCUACACGUUCCAGGAUCUGCAGGCAGAUAUGAACUCCAAGCUUGUAUUCGCUCUCGCCACAACAUCAACGGUGUCAGCGAUUGCUCUAGCUGAUUCGGGAGAUGGACCAGAUUUGGAAAAACUAUUCCACGAAAAUAGUGAGACCCAUGUAAGUCAGUUUCAUAAAGCGCAUAAUACAGACCAAUUUCGCGAAAAAUUGCAAGUGUUUCUUAAGUACUUUGAAAAAGAAGGUCUCCUAAGUUAAUUGCAGAGGAGAUAGUAUUAGGUUAUUACAAACAAAAAAACUAAUAGAAUAUUAAUAGUUAAGGAUAUUCUAUAACCUAAUUUCGAAACAAGGCAACAUUUUAAUAACCGACAAAUUACACAUUAAUAUAGGCAGUAUAUUAUAUUCGAGAAAACAUUAUUUCUUAUUUCAGUUACGCUCACUGACACAGAUAAAUUCAUUUACGCCAAACUUGUUUUCCUUUAUCCAAGAAAAGAAACAAUAGUACUUGAAACAAUUUGAACGCUUUAUUUUUUUGUAUAAUAGCUAUGCCUCUAAACUAUAACAUAUGUACAGGUUUUUAAGUAUUAAAAAACUAACAUCUCGUAAAAAAGUCUGGAAAUUGCUAAAACUAACCCUUUACUGUGGUAUUAUUGUCUUUUGACAAACAAGUUGUUUUAUUAAAAUGUUUUCUUAGUAUUAUUUUGAUUUUAUUUUAUUGAAAAUUUAAUAUUUUUUACAAAAAAUUAAUUGAUAUCAAUUUUGUCACACUUUUAACAUUGUAACUAUUUCAUAUUAAGUAAAGUUUUAGAAAAAUUCUCAGUUCAUCACUUACUAUUACCUCUAAUAGAUAAAACUGUAAUUCAUUAUCCACGAACACAUUGUCGAUGCUAAUUAAACUAUAUUAUCGAUAUAACAAAAGUGAUUCGUAAUUAUUUGGAUAUAAAAAUAGAUACUAACAUGUUAGCCCAUCUCAAUCUGAAAGAUUGUCGAUGAAAUGCUGGUGAAACCUCGCAGAUAAGCAAUAAUUUUAGCAUGGUUGCCGAACAGGCUGCAUGCUACACACUUACGGAAAUAAUAUUCACAACGAGGGAAAGUGGAAAACUGGAAAUGCAAUGUUACAGAAUGUGAAACAAAAGUUACAAAUAUGAUAAUUACGCAUAUAAUUAUUAGCUUAAUCCAGCUUCACUAAAGAAAAGAAGAAAAAAUGUAAUCGUUUAUAGCGAUCGUAGGAACUAACGGUCACUAACAAAUACUUACCAACGGCACAGUCGCUACAAACAUUGUUGUCCCAACAUGUUGGGUGUGGGACGGGCAAUGUUUUCCCAACAUGUCUGGUGUCUAAUAGGCACUGUUAUCACAACAUAUCAGGUGUGAGACGGACAUUUUGGUGCCAACAUCACUGGUGUGGGCUAGCACUUUUGUCCCAACUGGUCUAGUCUGGGGCAGGUAUUGUUGUUCCAACAAGUCAGUGUGGGAUAGGCACUGUUGUAUCAACAUGUUAAGUGUGGGAUGAGCACUGUUGUACCAACAUGUCUAGAGUGGGAUGGGCUCUGUUGUGCCAACAUGUCUGGUAUGGGUCAGACUUAUUUGUCUUAACUAGUCUGUUGUGGUUUGGUCACUGUUUUCAUAAAAUGUCUGGUGUGGGAUGGGAUUUAUGGUCCUUACAUUUCUGGUGUGGAACGAAAAUUUUGGCACAACAUGCGUUUUGUGAAAGGGCAAUGUUGUCCUAACAUUUCAAGUGUGAAACGGGCAUUGCAGUCCCUAUGUAUCUGGUGUGGAACAAACACAAUUUUUUCUCAACCUUUCUUAUGUCGGAAGAACAUUGUUAUCCCAAAAUUUUUGAUUGGGACGGGCAUUUUUGUCCCAACAUGUCUAGUGUGGGGUGUGUUCUGUUGUCUCACAUUUCUAGUGUGGUGUGGUCACUGUUUUCCCAAUAUGAAUGGUGUAGAAUGGGCUCUAUGGUCCCAGUAUGUCUGGUUCUGGACGAAAAAUGUUGGCCCUACAUAUCUGACAUGAGACGAGCACUAUUGUCCAAUAAAGUAGCUUGUAAAACGGGAAUUUUAAUCCAAAAGUGUCUUGUGUGGGAUGGUCACUGUUGUCUAAACAUAUCUGGUUGGGUGAAGACACUUUUAUCCCAACGAGACUUAUAUUGGACUGGACUAUUUUCUCAACAUGACUGGUGUGGAAGGGCACUGAAAUUCCAACAUAUCUGGCGUAGGACAGGCACGGUUAUCCUAAUAUUUCUGUUUGAGAGAUGGGCAAUGUAGUCUCAUCGUGUCUGGUGUGGGACGGUCACUGUUGUCGUAACAUGUCUGGUGUGAAAUAGGCACUGUUAACCCAAUAUUUCUGGUGUGAAAUGGGCACUGUUGUGCCAAACUGUUUUGUAUGAGGCGGGAACAGCGAUCCUAAAACAUUUGGUGUGGUACGAGCAUUGUAAAACCUAAUUUUUUUUUGGGAUGGACAUGGUUGUCCUAAAAUAUAUGUUUCGGGACGUGCUCUGUCUUACACCCAACAUGUCUGGUGUGGGGCGGGCACUUUUAAAUGUGUGUUAAUGGGUGGAAGUAGGCCCGUUUUGAAUUUCAAAUGUGUAUCGUAUGUGCAAUUUUCAUAUUGUCGCAUUAACAUACAUCCAGGAUUGUGGUUUUUUGAACUCAUCGACUAUUGAGUCGGCAUUAGUUUUUUGAUCCAAUGUUCACAGUGUGUUUGACAGCUGCGUUACCUAAGUCACAGGUGCUAAAUUCGUCAACGCAAAGUGAACGACACAUCUUCAGAAGACCAGGCCAAUUAUUCUUCAGAAAGUACCGGUUGAGUUUACCGGGUAGUCAAUUAGACAGUUAGCACGGAUCAAUCACGUAGUCAUAUAAAAGUGUAAAAAUUAAGAGGCAAUGUCAAAGGUUUUCAAACACAAAAUUCUUUAAAUCACAAAUAUUUUAUAAUCACCUUUUCCUGUGUAGUUGUUUUAAUAAAUUAACUUACAGAAUGUUCAAUAUAAUGUGAAAUAAAAUUGUAUCAUUAUAAUUUAUAACGACUUUUUAAAAAUAAAAUUUAAAAAAAUACUUGAGUAAAUGAUACUGCAAUUAUCUCAA